AGGAGCGUUUCCCUGGCACCGCCUCUUCCGUCCGCAGCAACCGGAAACGAGGCAGUAGCGUCGGAAGUUGAAGAGAGUUUCCUGUGAGCGCGGCUUCCUCAACAUGGCAGCGCCCUUGUCAGUGCAGGUGGAGUUCGGAGGCGGUGCGGAGCUCCUGUUUGAUGGUGUGAAGAAGCAUCAGGUCACCUUGCCUGGACAGGAGGAACCCUGGGACAUCCGGAACCUCCUUGUCUGGAUCAAGAAGAACUUGCUAAAAGAGCGGCCGGAGUUGUUCAUCCGGGGAGACAGCGUGCGGCCAGGGAUUCUGGUGCUGAUUAACGAUGCCGACUGGGAACUGCUGGGUGAGCUGGACUACCAGCUUCAGGACCAGGACAGCAUCCUCUUCAUAUCCACGCUGCACGGCGGCUAAGGGCCCUUCUCUGUGCCUGGGCCCCCUUGGGGUGGGGAGAACAGAACAAUCAGACAUCCCCUUGGGCCCUGCUUCCAGAUCUCCCUGUCUCCCUUGGCUGCUUUCUUCCCUACUCUGUCCCCUGAGCUCCCUCCAGGCAGGGAAAAGAGGCCAGGUGCUAAAAAUGAGCCUUUCUCAGGCACGUGAGCAGGGGAAGGCAGGCAGGCGGGCAGGCGCCCGAGCCCGGCACUCCCUCUCCCAGCAGCUGAGGUGGGGGAGGGUGCCCCUUAGUUUGUCAGGAGUGGAGGGGUCUGUGCGGCCAGGUGACCCGGCAGCUCUCUACUCCUGUGUCUCAGUCUAAACACUGAGUGGCCGCUGACGAGGCACUCCAGCUCCUGGGCCGUGGUGCCUUCCUGGGGGAAGAUGAAUGAACCUGAAUAGCUGAUGGCAGGCCCCUCCCUUCUCAAAGAUUGGAGGGGUCUCCGCCUCAGUUUCCCCAUCUGGACAGCAGAGGGCUCUGCCUGUCCCCCACUGAUAUCAUUGUGGAGCCCCAGCUGGGGUCCCCUAUUCAGUGCUGCCCCCCCCCACAGCAGCUGCUCUUCCAGCCGCACCCUUCCUCCUGCUCCCCCACCCACAGUGCUUGACCCUGGCUGGCCUCCCCCCACACAGGCCACCAGAUGGGCUCCUGAGACGCUCCUCCUGGCAAGAGGCUGCCAGCGUGCAGCUCAUUCUGCUGAGCGGGGAGAGAAGGAGGGUGUCGGCUAAACCUUGGACUGGCAGAUAGAGGCUUGGGGGGGGUCAAUGUGCCUCAGUUUCCUCCUCAACAACAACUGAAUUUUUAUAGAUUCUGAAAACUGCAGAGAUACUUGAUGGCACAAAUGUACACUUGAUCUCCUCUCUCUCCUCCUGCAGGAAGCAGGAUGGGGGCAGGCAGCACCUGGUAGGCAGGAUGGUUCACCCCUCCUCCCUCCAUCCCUUCUGGAAGUCUUGGGGCCUCAGUGCCUGCAACAGCUGGCCUUGGGCAAAUAAAAGACUAGGUUGUUUACUG